UGAGCUCAGAAACAUGCAGGUGUCCCAUGGUGCCAGAUACAGACGCCUAAACUGUUUCCAGCUUUACCAUCACCCCCCCCUUUCCUUUCUUUUUUCUUCUUUCUUUCUUUCUUUUUUUUUCCUUCUUUCUUUCUUUCUUUUUUUUUUAUUUUUUUUUUGCAACAAGUCUGUGGGUCGGCAACGGGACAGAGGCAGCGCAGAGCUCGUCGAUCACAGGCAUCGAGUCUGCUCUCUGCAAGUUGCUCGGUGGAGGGAGCACAGGGCAAGAGUCCGGCUGCCGGGGCCUCCUGGGAAGCAGCUUUCUUUACAAAUUAAGGGGUGGGGUGGAGACGGAUUGCUCCCGAAACCCUUUCAUCUGGACAGUUGAAGCCUGAGCAGCGUAGUCUGACUCCAGGGCAGUGGGAAAGCCUUGCUGAGGUUAGGAGGGGCAGGUGUAUCCCAGUCCUUCGGAGAAAAAGAAUUGAAAUUCAGGGUGGGUGCAAGGCCGGCUCUAACUGAGGGAAAGCUUUUUUUUCCCCCUUGGAGAAGCCUCUGCGAGGGGACCAUGUGGUCCUGGCGCUUGUGGGUCUGCUGGGGACCUCUAGCUGCCUUGCUGCUCCUGGAGAUGCCACCAGUGGGGCAGGCACUGCCUCCUAUUCGCUAUUCUCACGCUGGGAUCUGCCCCAACGACAUGAACCCCAAUCUCUGGGUUGACGCUCAGAGCACCUGCAAGCGGGAGUGUGAAACGGACCAGGAGUGUGAGACGUAUGAGAAAUGCUGCCCCAAUGUCUGCGGCACCAAGAGCUGCGUGGCUGCUCGGUAUAUGGAUGUCAAGGGCAAGAAGGGCCCGGUGGGGAUGCCCCGAGAAGCGACUUGCGACCACUUCAUGUGCCUGCAGCAGGGCUCCGAGUGUGACAUCUGGGAUGGCCAACCCGUCUGCAAAUGCAAGGACCGAUGCGAGAAGGAGCCCAGUUUCACCUGCGCCUCCGACGGCCUCACGUAUUACAAUCGCUGCUACAUGGAUGCUGAGGCUUGUUCCAAAGGCAUCACGCUCACCGUGGUCACGUGUCGCUACCACCUCACCUGGCCCAACACCAGCCCCCCACCGCCAGAGACCACUCUGAGCCCCACCACCGCCUCCCCCGAAACUCCCAUGGUGGACGUGGCGGCUCCCGCCCUGCUCAACCACCCUUACCACCAGUCAGUGCGCGUCGGGGAGACCGUGAGCUUCCUCUGCGAUGUGGUGGGCCGCCCUCGGCCGGAGAUCACGUGGGAGAAACAGCUGGAGGAUCGAGAAAACGUGGUCAUGCGGCCCAACCACGUGCGAGGCAACGUGGUGGUCACCAACAUCGCCCAGCUGGUCAUCUACAACGCCCAGCCGCAGGACGCUGGCAUCUAUACCUGCACGGCUAAAAACGCCGGGGGGCUCCUGCGGGUGGAUUUCCCUCUGAGCGUGGUGCGGGGGGAGGGGUCAGCCUCGGAGCGGGGGCCCAAUGGGACGGCCUUCCCCGUGAAUGAGUGCCUGAAGCCCCCCGACGGGGAGGAUUGUGGGGAAGAGCUGACCCGCUGGCACUACGACGCCCAGGCCAACAACUGCUUCACCUUCACCUUCGGCAAUUGCUACCACAACCACAACCACUUUGAGACCUACGAGGCUUGCAUGCUGGCGUGCAUGAGUGGGCCGCUGGCGGUGUGCGGUCUGCCCGCCCUGCAGGGCCCCUGCAAAGCUUAUUCCCCUCGCUGGGCGUACAACGGGCAGACCGGCCAGUGCCAGUCCUUUGUCUACGGAGGCUGCGGGGGUAACGGGAACAACUUUGAGAGCCGGGAGGCUUGUGAAGAAACCUGCCCCUUCCCUCGGGGGAGCCAGCGUUGUCGGGCCUGCAAGGCUCGCCAGAAGCUGGUGACGAGCUUCUGCAGGAGCGACUUCGUCAUCCUGGGCAGGGUCUCGGAGGUGGUGGAGGAAGCUGAUUCGGGACGAGCCCUCGUGACCGUGGAGGAGGUCCUGAAGGAUGAGAAGAUGGGGCUGAAGUUCCUGGGCCAGGAGCCGCUGGAGGUCACCCUGUUACACAUGGACUGGGCCUGCCCCUGCCCCAACGUAACUGUCAGUGAAGCCCCCCUCAUCAUCAUGGGAGAAGUGGAUGGCGGUAUGGCCGUGCUGCGGCCAGAUAGUUUUGUGGGGCCUUCUAGCGUCAGGCGAAUCAGGAAGCUGCGGGAGGUCUUGCACAAGAAGACCUGUGAGCUCCUUAAAGAAUUCCUUGGUCUUCACUGACCGCCUUCUCUCUGUGUACCCUUCCUCCCUAGUCCUUUUUCAUCCCUUGCCCCCUUCCCUACAUCACCACCUUGAGUAUAAAUACACCUGGCUUAGUUAGGACCCCCCCACACACAUACACACUUAGCCCCAAAAGAAUCAAUCAAGAGUGAGCCACCAUUUCCCGAAGUUCCUCCUGAGAAGUAAAUCUUUAGUUCCCUUAAUUUUGUUUAGAAAGGCGUUCAGCUUCUCCUCUAACCUUUCAUCAUCCUAGUGAUUUAAGAACCAGCUUGCUGAUGUAGCCAGUUUUCUCCAGCGGUCUCCUCCAACCUUCCUUAGCAGCCUCUGCCCCUAUUCUAUUACCCCCUAGAUAAGGCAGUCCUGAGUCUCAUUCUGGAUUCUGUGUGUGUGUGUGAUAGUCAUAGGAAAGACUAGAUGAGCUGGAAGAGUAGUUGUGCUAAGGGAAAGGGAGAAAAUAGGGAACAGUUUGUGCUGGCCCGCUGUGGCCUUGUUGGGGCAGAAAUACCUUGAGUUAAAAUGGGUGUGGUUCCCUUCAGGCUAAAAUCCAGGAUUGGUGGAGGGGAAGUUGGGAAAGGAGGAGGGAGAUUCCUCCACUUGGAGAGCAGAACCUAAAACUUGCCCCCAACCGGAGGCGGAGGCUUUGGAGGACAGGCUAUCCCUCCCUCCACCUGGUGAGUGACCUACUUUUUACAUGUGGACCAGGUGUCUUUGGGUGGGAGCUAGUUUGUGCUUUGGAAAAACAUGCCCUGGGGUGCUUAAUGUUACAAAGACAUCAACAGGGUACGUUUUCCUUCAGCUUGGCUGCUAGAAAGGGCUGAGGAAACAGACCCAGUUCUGUUCUGUCCCAUUUCUCAUUGCAUCCCCGAAGGAAAGGUAAACAAUACCCGAGAAAUCUCUAGCAGAGGCAGGGCAAAAGGGCCUGUUGUUUAGUUUCUGAUGUCUAUCACCCCCUUAUGCAGCUUAGAAAGAACUCCAUUUCUAUGCUCCCUCCCCAAAACUCCUUCAGAGGUACACCAAUCUCAGUAAAACUAAUCCCCAUAGGGUCUAUAGGACAUUGUUCCAGCCAGUCCAGGCAAGACCCAAAACUUCAAAAUAGGGACUCGGGGGACUCUAGGACCUAACCACCUUGUAAGAGAUAACUGAUCGUAUUUCACGCUAUCAUCCCCACAUUAGUGCAGGCUCCCAGUUGGGGAAGUCCUUUGCUUGGAUAUAGCAGCCUUAUAGAGACAUUGUCCUCAUUUUAUCCCAUUCUUUUGAAGCACAGGUCUAGGGGCAUACAAAGCAGACCUAAAUAGAGCAAUUCUUGGAGACUUCCCUCUUGGAUACUUUUUUUUUGGACUCAUUACAUAGGUGGGAAGAAGCGGAGGCAUUCGAUUUCCUCCUUUCCUCCAAUAGGAGUCCUGGAAUAGAUAUCCUGAUUUUUUCUGGCUGAGAGCUUGGAUCUUUCUCCAAUAGUUUGCUCUGUUAGGAAAAUGAACGUGACAAAAAUUCCAUUGUCCAGAUUCACCUGUAUCUAGAAACACUCCCCUUUUUUGCCCUUUAAUGUACACACACACACACACACACACACACACACACACACAAAAUCCAUUUUCAAAAUCCAAAAAGAUGGAUAUGUGGUAGAGGAAACGAGGGAAAAAGGAGAGGAGGAGGAAGGGAAGAGGAACCAGUCUCUCUGAAUAGAUGGAAAUGUUGCUCACUGCUAACAUCUGGUGGCCAAAUUGGGAAUCAGUAGGAUAACGGGCAUGAGAAUCAAGGCUCAGUCUAGAGAAAUUAAGACCCAGACCUGCUUUCACAGUAGAUGCUUAAGUGCUUGCUUGCUUGAUUAUUGACUGAUUUAUUGACGAUCUGAGAUUAGAACAGGAAUCAUGAAAAAUUAAAUCUAAAAAGGGCUCAGAAAUCAGAUCAUUUUCCAGGGAAGGAUUCUCAAAUGAUUUAUCACCAUCAGUUAUUCUGAGAUAACAUCACUUAAUCAUGUGAUUUCUCUAAGGUAGCGCACCUAAAGGAAUGGGCAGUUAUUCCUUAACUCACACUUCAUAUCUCAUCAGGCUCUAUGACUUCAUUUCUUUCUAUAGAACCUUAAACAGAAGGUUAAAUAGUAGGACAUUUCUGAGAUCACACCCUCCCGCACCUCUUUGCACCAUUCCUCCCCACCCCCUUUUCCCUUCAGGAAAACACAGGGGAGAAGAUCUGAGACCCUAAAGAAACUAGAGGGUCACUGUGAGAAGUCUCUGUGUCUUUCCUGACUGUCUGGAGAGAGAAAUAUAAUUAAAAGGUGGAAAUAUUU